AUGGCACUUGAUGGCUCUAACGCCGUCCCGGACUUCGACCCGGACUAUCAACGACUCCCUGCUUUCAUGACGGUUUUCCACGAGGGGCGAUUCCAUGACGACAUGCGACUACCAGACCAAUUCGUUGGGAUGUACGGGCAUGAGCUACCUUUCGACUGCAGGCUUGUUUGGCCGAAUGGUAUACGAUAUAGAGUGCGAAUGCUAAAGCUUGGCCAUGGGUUCUUCUUCGCAUCCGGAUGGAGAGAUUUUGUUCGAGAAACCGGCGUUCUACACGGAGAUACACUCACCUUCACUUUGGUAGAUAGUGGAAUUUUCAACGUUAAACAGUUCAAUAGCGAAAUGCACUGUCCCCCGCAAGGAGACGUUCACGUUGUUGAAGACGACGAGGGGGAAGUUAGCCAUGCAAUGGACAUCGAAACUUCCGAGGAGUACGUGCCAUCGGGGACUGAAUCGGAAACAACAUUUGAUGACGAUUAUGCGGACGAUAGCAGGGCACUACAAAUAGACGGGUUCCCUACAUUCGCAGUUACACUCACCUCAUCGAACAUCAAUCACCGAUUUGAGAUUCCAUAUGGCUUUUGGCAACGCCAUAUUCCGAACGGGGCACUACACGCGGGCGUCGUCUACCUCCACAAUGGGUUGCGGAACACGGGGGAAGAGCUGUCGUUUGAUUGUCGACUUGAAGAGGACGAACAGAUAUACACUCCAGACAUAGAUUCGUCGGACGACUAUGCCCCAUCCGACGUUGAAUCGGAUUCAGUGGAAGACAGUGACUACGACGACGAUAAGGGUGCGAUUGAGGCUGAUGAGUAUCCCACAUGGACGUUGAAGCUUACUAAGUCAAAUAUCAAGCGAACCAUUGAAAUUCCGAAAGACUUUUGGCAACUCCACGAGUUGGUUCAUAGAGGAAUUCCAAUAAAUGCGCUAGCCGAUGCAAAGCCACACUCAUCUUGA